UUCCUAAACAUCUAGUUUUCGUAACUGAACUUAAACAUGGAGAUCUAACUUAAUCAAGUAAAGUACAAAUACUGAAAACCAUAAUUUUUCAGUGAAUAAAAAAUGAUGUUGAGUGAAUCAUGCUUGGUGAACUGAGUCGUGUAGGAGUUGGUCUCUUUAAAAAACAUCUCUUUCUCUCCAAUUUAUCAAUAUCCUUCGCUCUGUCAGGACUAGGAGAUAUCAUUCAACAAAAUAUUGAGCAGUCUAAAUCAAAAUGGAAUUCAAAACGAACCUUGCAGAUGUCAGCUUCGUUUGGUCUCACCUCGGGGUUUCUCUGCCAUCAUUGGUAUAACUACCUAGACCGAGCCCUGCCUGGCCGAGGUUUGAGAGUAGUGAUACGUAAGGUUGCGUGGGAUCAGAUUAUCUUUAGUCCUGUCUGUAUAGCAGCUUGUAUCCUAGUAUCCGCUAGACUGGAGAACCUAAACUUCAGGACGGCUGUGAAAGAAACUGUACAACUAGGAGGACGUCUUUAUCUGGCAGAGUGGAUAAUUUGGCCUCCAGCUCAAUUCUUUAACUUUGCAUUCCUUCCUACCAGGUUUCGUGUUCUUUACGACAACGUGAUAAGUUUGAUCUACGACACUUAUACCUCACACGUGAAGCAUCAAGUCGUGUUGGUUGAUGAUUUCGAGGAGAGAUUAGUUAACUCUGGUUGGUUUCCAUCCUAUAGUAAAUAUUCCAAGUUCUUGAAUGAUUGAUAUGUUUCUGUCCAGGGUUCAACAAUUUUCUAGAUUUAGAUUCCCAGUUCUCUCUUCUCUAUCUGCAGGGAUGAGUACUGCAGCGAGGAGUUCAACAUUCUUCCUUGGAACAGGAGAAAAUAUUGACAAGAAUGAGUUUAUGCAGCGAAUAUCCGAGAGUUCUGCACGACUAAUCUGUAUCGGAGAGAACCAUGAGGACGCGCAUGCGCACGCACUAGAGUUGGAAAUACUACGUCAGGUUCAAGGACAGAAAGAGAACGCAAAAUUAGCUUUAUCCCUUGAGUUCUAUGAUAGAGAGGCUCAAACCGUUCUCAACGAAUAUCUUCAAGGUUUGGUGAACUUGGAUACGUUUCUCUCCGAUAGCAAACCUCCUGGGAACCAUGCAGACUAUCAGGAACUCAUUGAGUUUUGUAAAGAGGAAGGAAUUGAUGUGAUUGCAGCUAACUGUCCUAGGAGAUAUACUAGGAUGGUUGGGAAGAACGGAAAAUCAGUCCUUGAUAAAAUUUCAGAAUCCGGAGCUAAAGAGCUUCUCCCUCCCUUGCCCUACUCCGGAGCUAGUGAUAAAUAUAGGAAAAACUUUAUCUCUAUCAUGGAAAAAAUGGGAAAUUUAAAUCCUAAUGUACCGACAAGCAUGUUGGACGCACAAUCACUGUGGGACGCAACCAUGGCGCACAGUAUGUCUAAAGGACUGGAGACAAGAGAGAAAAUAGUUCAUGUUACUGGAUACUUUCAUAUUCAAUAUAAACUUGGAACCAUUGAACAUUUGGAUAUUUACUCUCCGAGCCUUGAUAUUCUUACAAUUGUGAUCCUUCCCUCCGAGGAGCUGAGCAGUCUGAACCCGGAGCAGUUAAACCUGGGAGACCUGAUAGUACUUACAGAUAUCAAUGAUUUGUAGUGCUUUAGACAAACUUUGUAGAAAUAAAUAAGAAUUUUUUGGA